CUAGGGCUGAGGUCUGGGGAACUGCCGCGCGUUCCGGGGCUUUUGCCCUGCGGAAAAGGCGGGUGCAGGUGUGGGUGCUGAGCCGUCCGCCGCCUGGAGGGGGAGACUGAGCUUCAGGACACGCAGGCCGCAGCGAGGGCCCGGGCCCCGGGGACCCCAGCAAUCUCCAAGUGGAUUCUGGCCUGACACCAAAGGCAGCCCAGCCGGGUGCUGUGGGGGCUUCCCAUGGGGUUGUUUUAUCACAUAUGACUUCCAGGCCAAAGCCAUGGAUGCUCCCCACCCCAAGGCAGCCCUGGACAGCAUUAACGAGCUGCCCGAGAACAUCCUGCUGGAGCUGUUCACGCACGUGCCCGCCCGCCAGCUGCUGCUGAACUGCCGCCUGGUCUGCAGCCUCUGGCGGGACCUCAUCGACCUCAUGACCCUCUGGAAGCGCAAGUGCCUGCGAGAGGGCUUCAUCACCGAGGACUGGGACCAGCCCGUGGCCGAUUGGAAAAUCUUCUACUUCCUACGGAGCCUGCAUAGGAACCUCCUGCGCAACCCAUGUGCUGAAGAGGAUAUGUUUGCGUGGCAAAUCGAUUUCAAUGGUGGGGACCGCUGGAAGGUGGAGAGCCUCCCUGGAGCCCACGGGACAGAUUUUCCUGACCCCAAAGUCAAGAAGUAUUUUGUCACAUCCUACGAGUAUGGCAAACUGAACCUACCAGGCUUGCGUGGAGGGGACAGAGGAAUGUGCCUCAAGUCCCAGCUGGUGGACCUUGUAGCCGAGGGCUACUGGGAGGAGCUACUAGAUACAUUCCGGCCGGACAUCGUGGUUAAGGACUGGUUUGCUGCCAGAGCCGACUGUGGCUGCACCUACCAACUCAAGGUGCAGCUGGCCUCGGCUGACUACUUCGUGUUGGCCUCCUUCGAGCCCCCACCUGUGACCAUCCAACAGUGGAACAAUGCCACGUGGACAGAGGUCUCCUACACCUUCUCAGACUACCCCCGGGGUGUCCGCUACAUCCUCUUCCAGCAUGGGGGCAGGGACACCCAGUACUGGGCAGGCUGGUAUGGGCCCCGAGUCACCAACAGCAGCAUCGUCGUCAGCCCCAAGAUGACCAGGAACCAGGCCUCCUCCGAGGCUCAGCCUGGGCAGAAGCAUGGACAGGAGGAGGCUGCCCAAUCGCCCUACCGAGCUGUUCUCCAGAUUUUCUGACAGCUGUCCAUCCUGUGUCCGGGUCAGCCAGAGGUUCCUCCAGCAGGAGCUGAGCAUGGGGUGGGCAGUGAAGUCCCUGUACCAGUGACUCCUGCCCCGGUUCAACCCUACCAGCUUGUGGAAACUUACUGUCACAUAGCUCUGACGUUUUGUUGUAAUAAAUGUUUUCAGGCCGGGCACGGUGGCUCACGCCUGUAAUCCCAGCACUUUGGGAGACCGAGGCAGGUGGAUCAUGAGGUCAGGAGACAGAGACCAUCCUGGCCAACACGGUGAAACCCCGUCUCUACUUAAAAUACAAAAAAUUAGCCAGGCAUGGUGGCGGGCGCCUGUAGUCCCAGCUAUUCGGGAGGCUGAGGCAGGAGAAUGGCGUGAACCCGGGAGGCGGAGCUUGCAGUGAGCCAAGAUCACGCCACUGCACUCCAGCCUGGGCAACAGAGCAAGACUCUGUCUCAUAAAAUAAUAAUAAUAAUAAUAAAUAAAUAAAAAAUAAAUGUUUUCAGUAAAACCA